UUGGGCCAGUUUUGGGGUAGUUUUCAUUCUUCGUCGAACAUCCCCCCUCUCUCGGGGGCCGGGCCCGACGUGCCCCGAGCCCCGAGCGGCCGCCGCCCUCCCCAGGGCCAGCCGCUUCCUGGUCUGCCACGGCGACGCGGACGCCGUCGUCCGGCCCGGCUGCGGCGGCGCGGUGCGGCAGGCCCUCGAGGCCGCCGGCACGCCGGUGAGCUUCCACUCCUACCCUGGCCUGGGGCACGGCUCUUGCGAGGCGGAGCUGAAGCACCUGGAGGGUUUCCUGCGGGAGACGUUGUUUUGGGUGAAGACGUUAUCCCCGGUGAAGACGUUAUUCCUUGUGAAGACGCUACUCCGGGUGAAGACGCUAUUCCUGGUGAAGACGCUAUUCCCGGUGAAGACGCUACUGCCGGUGAAGACGCGAUUCCUUGUGAAGACGCGUUCUACGGACACAGACAGCACUUCCCUUAUGAAGACGCUAUUCCCUGUGAAGACGCAAUUCGGGGUGAAGACGCAAUGCCGGGUGAAGACGCUAUUUUGGGUGAAGACGCUAUUCUCUAUGAAGAUGCUAUUCCGGGUGGAGACGCCAUUCCCGGUGAAGACGCGAGCGGUGCGCGGCGGGCCGCGCUUCGACGCUUUCCCGAGACCGCUUGAGGCGGAGGUGUGCCGCAGGCCCUCCGAGGGGCACCGCGGGGCGAUGGAGAGCUCGGGCCGCCGCAGGCGCGCGGCAGCGGCGCUCGCCGCCCUGGCCACAGCGGUGGUGGCGCCGCUGGGCUUCACCGCCGCGCCGCGGCAGCAGCGCCCGGCGGGGCUCGCGCGGGCGCCGCCGGCGGUGGCCUCCUCGAGCCUGCGCCCAGUGGCGGCUGCGAGCCCGCGCGACGGGACGAGGGUGUCGAUGGGCCCCCGCUUCCAGGGCAUCAGCUCCCCCAUGAGACAGGACAAGCUGGAGGCAAAGAUGGGAUUGUACCAGUACGAGUUUGAGGAGGACGGCGGGAUGUAUGACAUUAUCAAGUACCCUCUGCUUACGGAGAAGGCCUGCAUGCUGAUGGAAGAGUAUAACACCUACACCUUUCUCGUCGACCGCCGCGCCAACAAGCCACAGAUCCGAGCUGCAGUGGAGACCGUCUUCGGCGUGAAGGUGAAGAAGUGCAACACGCUGAUCCCCAUGGCCAAGUUCACCAGGGAGUUCGGCAGGAAGAUCGGGAGGAAGUCGGUGUACAAGAAGGCCAGUACGCAGCAGCAGGAGCUGCUCGGCGGCGCGGAGUUCCGGCGUCUGCCGGGCGGCAGUCCGUCGGGCGGCGGUGACGUCAACGGCCUGGCCGCGGACCUCGAGCAGGAGAAGGCGCGCACCGCGGAGCUGGAGCGGCGCCUCGCCGCUGCGGUGCUCGCCAGCAGGGUGCCCGGCGGCACGGCCAGCGCCUCCGCGAGGCCCUCGCAGGCGCCCAACCGCGCCACGUCCCACGGCCCCAGCCGCGUGAACAAGGAGCUCGAUGCCCGCUUGAGCCGCGCCGAGCGCGCGCUCGGCGCCGCGAGCAGCCUGGGCCCGCCCAAGGUCUGAGCGGGGCCGCUCCGAGCAGCCGCCUGCCGCACGGAGGAGAGCCGCAGUCAGGAAGGAUCUUUCCGAUCGCAUCAAUUGAGCUGUUUGGAAGGUGCUGUUUGGUGAUGUGGGUGUGAUCGCCAAUGGACUCAGGCUGUCUGGUAGAGGAAUUUGUGCCUGUUGUGCGUGCCAGGCAUGCUCAAUAACGGGCGUGCUUUCCUGGGCGCUUUUCAAAGAACCGCCUGUCUAGUGACUACAGAGACGGCCUGUUUUGGUUAGACUAGACUUCGGUCUGAGUUGGCGUGCGUGUGUGCCACCUAGUCUCUCCCUGGCUCCAUCUGAGCGGCGUAGAAAAA